AUGGCAAAUACUUGUAUUGAAUUGGCCACGAAGGCUGAUACUAUCUACCGUGAUGAGACAGGAUUUGAUGACAGCCUCAAGAUCAACAUUGAUUUUGAAAAGGUGGAGUUCGUCGAAACCCUGAGAAGUUCAGAGGCAUCGUCAAUAUUUCAUGUCAACUACUAUGGCAAGGCGCGAGUCCUGAAAAGUCGUAUGUGCCCUCUUCCUAACCUCAACUUCCACAAUAACGAAGAUCCUAGAAAUGCACCUGACCGUCUUCGUGAUUUAAACCGCGCUCGCUGUGAAAUUCGAGCCUAUUGCCGCCUCAAACAGUUCGGAAUAUGUGAUGCCGGUUUCGUUCCCAAGUUUUACGGGUUUGUGGUAGAUAUCGACCCGGCGACCUGUGCUCCUCAUCUUGAUGCUUUUCAACAAGAUGUUAACCCUCCCUGUACCAUUCUAAUCGAGUACCUGUCGAAGCAUCAGCCAUUGGACUGCGUCAAUUACACACCAGAGAAACUUCGAAAGGCAGUUAUUGGCAUCCAGCAAAUUCACUCUGCCCGAGUCGAGCACAAUGAUUUGAUACUGCAAUUGUUCUCCCCAAAAACAGCUUAA